GCUAGAACUGACCAAUCCGCUGAGAUCAGCGAAUCAGCGCAGGACCACGCCAACCUACCGCAAAGCACGCUGGGACUUCCUUUCUUUCCGAAGCCAUAUUGGAGCAACAGACUUAACGGAGUAAAUCGCAGCUAUGGUGGCCGCCAAGAAGACGAAAAAGUCCCUGGAGUCCAUAAACUCCCGUCUCCAGCUGGUGAUGAAGAGCGGUAAAUAUGUUCUGGGAUACAAGCAGUCCCAGAAGAUGAUCCGCCAGGGAAAAGCCAAGCUGGUCAUCCUGGCCAACAACACACCUGCCCUCAGGAAGUCUGAAGUGGAGUACUACGCCAUGUUGGCCAAGACAGGCGUCCAUCACUACAGUGGGAACAACAUCGAGCUGGGCACGGCCUGUGGGAAGUACUUCAGGGUGUGCACCCUGGCCAUCAUCGACCCGGUGAGUGUCCAAUCAGACUGCCUGUUUACCACGCCUAUUCUGUUGAUGGAUAGUGAUUCUGACAUCAUCAGGAGUAUGCCAGACCAGCCGCAGGGGGAGAAGUAG